AUGCGACAUGCGGCUGUAUCCCCCACACAAGUCCUCAUCCUCAACAUUUCCUCCGGUCGUAUGGAUGGGUUGUCAUGGACAUCUGUGGUCCAGUCCACCUCACGCGGCCGAUACUCUGCAUGGCGCGUUGUGCUGGCCUUCCAAGGCUGGUGCCUUAACCUUGCCUAUCAGGCAGACACUAACAACUGCGCCGACUUCAACCCUUACAUCAUAUACCUUCCCUGCUCCUGCUUCAUGGAGCCAGUUGUUCCACAACCUGCGUGUACCUGGAUGUACGUCUGGGAAUCAGUCAUCAGUUGCUUCAAGUCCAUGAGCUGUCAUGAUGAAGAUACUGUCUUUGACUCAGAGGUUGAGAUGGGCAGCAUGGGGGAGAGUGGUGAGAUGGGUAUCUGA